AACCUCGCCAUCUGCUCUUCUCUCCUCGACAAGUGCUCGCCAGAUCCUCCAGCGCUGCCCUCCAGUCUCAAAUCGCAAGCUACAAUAGCUGCUUUGGCCUUUGAGAGCGCUACCCCCGCCCGGGCGGCAUGACGAAAGGGAACAAGGGCGCGGCGCCCGCGGUCGCCGUGCGCUAUAAAGCGCCGACCUACCGCCUCUCGCUCGCCCCCAACCCGUCGACCCGCCUCUCGAUCACGCUCUCCUCUCUCACCUUCUCCUUAUCCGCGCCCGCAGCUCCCGCCCAUGGUGCCUCUUUCUCAUCUCGAGCCGCCGCGUCCGCGGGGCACUUCGACAUCGACGAUGUCCUGAUCGCGAAAGCCCUCAACACGGCCGUCCGGCGGCGGCCUCGCCGGACGGCGCGCGGCGCAGAUGAUGCGGCGGUGGGGGGCGGAGGCCCCACCGCUGGCUUUGGCGUCGGGCGACGGAGGGCUGGCGGCGGUCCGGAGCGGCACGCGAGGGAUUUGGGGGAGACGCGAGGCGGUGCCGAGAGGGCUACUGCGGGCGCAGGGAGCCGUCGUGCAGAGUGCUUGGAGCAGGGGGGCGCAGCGUCGGUUUCGCGGAGCGCGGUGGCCCUGACGGAGACGUCAGAUGAUGGGAUGGAUAGUCUAAUGGCCACGCUGGACAAUCUGCGUGCCGCGUUGGAACGGUUGCAUGCUAUGCUGGAACGGUUGCAUGCUAUGCUGGAAAGAUCCGAUGUCCAGUUGCAGGAUGUCCUGGAGUCGGGAAACAGAUUUAACCAGCGGAACGAAUUCGCAUCGGAGACUUACCAUACGAUCGGGGAUGUUCCGAGCGCCAUCGACCCCACGCAGGCGCGGCAGUGGAGAAUAUCGGAGGCAUUCGAAAUAUGGGAUGUCCCAGGUCGUGCACACUCGCCCUCUGCGCCUCGAACAGCCAACCUGCCUGUUGCUGCUGCUGCUGCAAUUCACGCCCCAAAGUCUGAUGCAUCCCCGCAGGGACGCAGCCGCGGCGGCCUUCGUUCUCCCUUGACGAAGCUAUCUGCGACUGUCCGAUCCCAGCGUAAGGCUGCCAGCUCGACGGUCGCGAUAAGCAGGGCCAAAACCGCAAUGCGUGCUGCUCUAGGUUUUUUCAAGCGAAUCAUCCACGUACAUUCUCACCGUCAAGGGCAUGGUGCUGGUAAAUAAGCCGCCGGCAGAGACGUUUCCACCGUACUAUGUAGUCGCAGUAAGCUUUGUUUUCGUGCUCAUCUAGUCGCUUUCCUGCUGUCAUUUCCCGCUCCCCUUCAAUAACGAUUCAUACCCCAAUUUGAGACGCUUCUUGUUUGUCCGCGGCC